AGGGAGGAGGGGUGUGCUAACUAUCAAAACAUUUUCUCAUUCGACUAAAAUUAGCUUUCGAAAACAUUAGCGAGAACUUUUUACCUGACGCUUUUAUCGCCUCACGACACCUUCAAUGCUUGUGAGAAAGAGUCUUUAAAGUAUUUGACAAAAUGAUUGAAUCUUGUUAUGAAUCACAUGUAGAAGGGAAAGGUAAGAACCAUCUGGACAGUAAUGGACCCUCUGGGAAGUUGAAGGGAGUACAGUGCAGCGUCUGUCGGUCCGUCGCACCUGUGACCUCACCUGAGUCCGCCUGCGCGAGCAUGUCGCUUCCAGGCGUGAUGGACGCAGAGGGGCGAGUGGACGAAUCCAGGCUCAGGAUGCAUAUUUUUAAAAACGGUGGCGUGUCGCCCGAUGAACGUGGUCUGGUUUGGCGUUUUCUGUUUGGCAUGUACCCCUGCAGCUCUACGGCUCUGGAGCGCCCCCUGCUGCUGGAGCAGAUGGCGGUGCGCUAUCAGGUCAUGAAGAGGAAGUGGCAACAGCUGCUUCCUGGAGCCGUUCAUCUGCGUCUUAAUGGCACUGAUGCUGAACUGCUGACAGCAGUGAAGUAUUUUGAGCAGAGGCAGGACAGAGAGCAGAAUAAACAGCAGAUUGAGUCUGAAGAGGCUGGAGAGAAGAUGUCCUUUUUGCAACUGCAGGCUCAGGUGUUAUUUAAACGGGUAACCUUUGACCUGGAAGAGCUUCAAGAGGCCGUACGCAUCAUUGACAAAGAUGUUCCCCGAACAGACCGAGAUCUUCCAUACUACCGGAAUGAAGGUUUGGGUAACCUGCUUGUCUUAAGAGAUAUCCUAAUCACAUAUGCUGCUUUUCACCCAGAAGUAAGUUACGCUCAGGGUAUGAAUGAUCUGUGCAGUCGCUUUCUGGAGGUGCUGCACUCAGAAGUGGACACUUACUGGAGCUUCUCAUGCUACAUGGAGAAGUUUUCCAAAGACUUCUGUGCUGAUGGACUGUAUCGCAAAAUGGAGUUGGAAGCUGCUUUACUAAAAGAGCUUGAUCCUCAACUAUACUCCCAUCUGGUCACAGACAACAUGGAAAAAAUCACUUUUUGUCACAGGUGGCUUCUGUUGGGUUUCCAGCGGGAGUUUGAGCACAGCGAUGCUCUGCGUCUGUUCGAGAUUUUCAGCUGUGAUCAUCUGGAGCUCAUCUCACAGCAGGUGGAUCGGGCUCGAUAUCAGGAGAGACUGGCACGCAAAUACAGCCUGGAGGAUGAACCUGUGAAGGAGCUCCAAGCCGUAAACAGAGACUUCACCUUUGAACUCUUCAUGUGUGCCACCAUCUUGCUGGAGAACCGAGAAGCUUUACUCAGCUGCAGGAACGAUGCUCAGCUCAUACAGUUUACCAGCAGUCUGCAGGGCAAGCUGGACCUGAACAGCACCCUGAAAAAAACUGAGGAACAUUUUUACAACUACUGCAAACGUUCAGCCUGGGACUAUCUGAGAGGCCGCUGUCGCAUGCGCAAGAGCAAAGAGGACCACUUUUUAUAUCAACUACGUAACCUUUUCUCCUGAGACUAAACGGCCUUA